GCCCGGCCGCGCGCACUCGCCGCGACGCCGAGCCGCAGCACGCCGGCACAACUCAGGUGCCAAGACGAGGAUGUGACGAUGAGGCGCGCCGUAGUGGGAGGCAAUCUUCGCGGCCGCCCCUUGCACGCGCAUCCACGUCACGGGGCCCCCGUCGGAGUUGCAAGUGGCGCCGGUAUCGAGCCCGCGACCUGGAGCUGAGCAGCGGAACGCAAGGGCUACCGCGGCGGGAUGGUAAGCUUGACUCACUUCCUCCGGCGCACUACAUCACCAGACUUGGAAUGGCGCCUGACACCGGCAAAAGAUGGCGAGAGCGAGUGGGGCUAUACUAAUCCAGGUAAAACCAAAUUAGGAAGACCCACUACGCUUCAACAAAGGCACUUCCUCACCAGAACAGGAAUUGGCCUCCCUGGUGCAGUGUUCGGCCACUACCUCCCUCGUGAUUUCUACAAUUAACCCAUGGCCCUCAAUCCACAGCAGCUGCGGAGCACCUGACCAAGGCGGCGGCGGCGAGAUUGAUGAGCCAGGGAGGAUGACGCCGGGCCCAGGACGACGGCAGCGCGAGCUGACCAUUCGUGCCAUCAAAGAGCGGGUGGACCUGCUCGUCGGAUAUUUUAGGCAGCAAGACACAGGCAACUUGAGAAAAUCCGGCACCGAGGAGCAAUAUGGAGAACGCGAGCAUCUGCUCCAAGAAGUGUCAGAUUUCAUGCGGAACACCGGGUAUGUGCCGAGGACCGUGCCGCGAAGAGCAAGCUGCAUGGGGCCACGGCGACCAGUCACAUCGAUGCCGUCGUCAACAGCGCAUGGCACGCGAGCUUAGGGACUGGGCCACGGCUUCAAUGGCCGCACUUCACACACCCGAGCAUGGACAGCUAAAUGGUGAGAGCUCUCCCUCGUACUUGCUGCUCUCAAUGUACGACGAGUGUACAGAGCCACCAGUUGGAGAAAUGGUUAGGGACCCUACUCGAGACGACAGCUGUGUGAGCAGGCUGACUCAAGAAGGCGCAGCCAUUCACUCACCACUGGACAACACACAAGCUGAGGAGACCACUGGAGACAGCGAUGCGCACCAGCAGGCUCAAGCGCCCACCCACAAGCCGGCGACACGUGCAAGCUGUCCCAACAGGAAUCAGAGGCCUCCAGGCUAUGGGACUUAAGCUCUUGCGAAGGAGAGAAGAGAACGAGUUUAUUCUCCGCCAGAAAGAAAUAGAUAUCCAACAGAAACGGCUUGACUAUGACGAAAGGUGCCUGGCCCUUGAAGAACGGAAGCAGGCGGCAGAAGAAGGGUGGCAGAAACUCGAUGCCCAGCGUCACGACGAAAAUAUAAAAAGGCUUCGCAGCAUUAAAACUGCGCUCGAGGAGCAGCGAAACCAAAUUAUGAGCCUUUUUAAAUAAAGUGCUUUCAC